GGGGAAAAAACCCCAACUCCCAGAAUGCAUUUGAGCACAGCUGGUUGGGGCCAGCGCUUGCUUAUCGUCCUCGCUGCUCUGCGUCGAUGUCGAGAGGAGAAACAAUGGCUGCAGCUCUCUCCCGUGCCCUCAAACUGCCUGGGAAGAAGGGCUCAGAGCUCGGGGAGUAUGACCCUCUCACCCAGGCAGACAGCGACGACGAGAGCGAAGAGGAUGACCUCGUGCUCAACUACCCCAGAAACGGCCUGGGCAGGGACGGCUGCCUGGCCCCGGGCUCCUCCAAGCUGCGCAAUGGGAGGUUGGGAAGGCUCGUCGGCGCCACUGACGGGGCGCGGGACGAGGAGGAGGAGGAAGAAGAAGACGACGACCAGUGGACGGACCAAGUUUCCGGCAAGCCCAGAAGGAGCCGAGACGACCUGAAGGGCGGCCAGUACUGGAGCCGCAGGGAGCUGGGGACCGGGGAGGACCGAGGAGGAGGAGCCGGGCCGUCUGGGGCCGCAGGGCUGGGCUCUCACAGCUCUGAGGCAGAGGAGAAGAGGAAGAGAGCGAAAAAUGCGAUCCGGAGCGCGUUUUUCCUGGUGCCUCUUGCUUGUGCCAUGUUGAUUGUGCUGCUGUGUGCGUUCCUGGUUCCCUGCCAGAAGGCAGAGCUGGAGAAGAAGCUGCGGUGGGAACGAGCGCUGGGAGACGCAGGAGGCGUCACUCCGCCCGCGCUGGCUUUAUGGGACGUUGACGGUGAUUCGGUGGAGGACGUGCUUUUGGGUGUUACUGAAUGGACCAACGGCACGCAUGCAACGCAAAGGAGCAAAGUUUACAGCGCGGUGGCCGUCUGCGCCGCCAGCGGCCAGCUGCUGUGGAGGGAAGUCCUGAACGAGCCUGUCAUGUACCUCCAGUGCGGUCUGCAGCUGAGCACGCAACCGUCGCCUGUUUGCCUCAUUAUCGGAAAGUCCAACCUCAUGGCGGUCAACGGCUCCACAGGGAGGAAGUUGUGGUCGGUCGCCCUUAGAAACAUUGAAUCCCAGGCAGUGUUGCUUCCUGACAUCCAGGGCGACUCCGUCCCAGAUCUGCUUCUAGCUACUCUACCUGCUGAUGAGACUUUGGAUUUAUCGCUGACUUUGAUCUCCGGACAGACGGGAAAGAAAAUUGGAAAUCCCGUCCCCUUCAACCUUAAGGGUCAAGGAAAGCUCAUUGGUCCGUUGCUGCAUGAGACCCAGCAAGGAGCGUACUACAUCCUGUUUGGACUGGGUAACGUCCAGGCCAUCUCGUUGCAAGACAUCUACGUUCGUGCGUUGGACAAAAUGCCCGAAACGCGUUUUGUUUUGAGGAAGGAUAUGAGCUGGGAGAACAUGAAGAACGCCACUUCCUCCUCCUUUAUCUCCAUUUACAGUGGAUCAGAGCGUGUGGAGUUCCUGCUGCCCCUAGUGGCCGGUUUUGGGAACAACCGCAACAGUCUGGACGCAGUCUCCAACCUGAACUCGACCAGAAGCGACUGGGUGUUGUUCUACGGAGCCAGCACGCUGUCCGUGCUGAGACAGCGCGACUUGCACAAGCAGUGGACUUUCAGCAACGCUUCGAUUCACAGCGAGCCAGCUUUGGGUCACUUCAACGGCGAUGGAGUCCUGGACCUUUUUGUUCAGCAUUCGGCAAACGGCAUCAUGACGGCGCUGAUCCUCAGCGGGGCGAGCGGGACGCCCCUCUGGAAGGCUGAGUUUGUGUGCCCUCGUCUCGUUUUGGAAGCGUCCGCCGUAUCGACCUCGACCGGCCAAUCAGUCUUCCUGUUCUGGGGCAGCGAGCCGAUCAGAGCGCAGAGGAACGCUCCCAGGACGACGAUGGCGCCGGGCGUGGCCGCAGCAGAGCCGCUCAUCAGGAAGCUCUUCCUGCUGCAUCCCGCGCAUCCUGCAGCGCUGCUGCAGCUCAGCAGCACCACGGACACAGCGGUCACAUCUGCAGUGAGCUACCUGGAGUAUCUGAAAGACGCCACCUACAUCACCGUGUCCUCCCGGCCCACGACCGGCUCGGAGUCCAGCGCUCAGAUAGUGGAGAGCACCAGCCUCAGAGCCGCCAUCAAGACGGGACAAAUCGUCCAGCUGGGCGAAACCCAGAAAACCGAGGCGGCUGGGAAAGUCGCCGCGCACGAGGUGAACGCGUUUUUCAGGCGCCUCUCCUUCAAACCUCAGUGAUAUAGAGCUGGAACGUCAUGAGUCGUCAGCACUUCUUCUGCACUAAAGGGUCACAAUGCAUUGAAAGCUGUUUACAUUCUGUUAGCACCAAUAAGAAGUUCUACGUUACUGUGAAUCUUUCUUUUCUGUGUAAAAUGUUUCUUCAUGUUGAUUUGUUUUGUUCUUAAUGUCUGAAUUAACUUAUUUUCCUCUUAGUGUUCAUUUAACUGAAGCAGAGCAACUCUAUUCUGUAGUUAAAACUUGAUAUUUUUGCGGCCAGAACAUUUGAAUGCAUUGACAUUCUGUAUAUAGAUCUUCCAUAUUUACUGCUCAUGUCUACCAAUAACUUGUUGUCAUGCAGCUUCUAUCAUUUACCUUCUCCUCAACACCGAGUUUUACUAGCGGGAGUCUGUAAAUAUUUAUGAAUGGAUAUUAUUUAUUUUCUUUUAUCUAUCUUCUAAGGAUUGUACAAUUGAGCGAUGUUUUAUUACAUGCUGGAAUAAGCUGGGGGUUUUACACAACGCAACUGGAAGUCAAUCCUGCCUGCACACACAGUUGAGCUACUUGUUUGUACGCAUAAUGGAGGAUGCAUUUACCCUGUUAUAUGGAAGCCCAAAGGGGACAAAAAUGCCUGACAUUCCGGUGACUGAUAAAGUACUUGUUGUAUGGGCGUUGCUAAGGUGUUAUUAGCAACAAACAUCAAAUUCUGUAUGCUUGGAAAUGGCACACUGAAUAAAAGUGGUACUGAAAUUUA